UACAUAGUCCAUAGUCGACUAUAUACAGCGAAAAAUAUAAAUUUUGAAAACAAGUAAAAGAGAAGAAAAAUCAAAGAAAUUAAAACACAUAAAAAUGAAGGUGGUUGCAAUAAUAAUAGUAUUGUUAUCUAUACAGUUUAUGCCUUCAUUAACACAAGAAGGCCCAGCUCCGAGCCCCGAAGUUUUAUCUCCGGCCCCUACACCGUUAGAUCUAGGAGGCUGCUGGGAUGGCAUCUCUACUUGCUGGAUUGAUCAUGUCAACAAUAGCCAGUCAUUGCCACAAUACGAUCCAUUGAGCGCGUCGUUUAAUAUGACAGAUUUCUUUUGCUGCUCUCUCAUCCAAGAAACAGCAAGCACUGAGAAACCAUGCUUUUGUAGCAUCAGCUCAUAUCUUAACCAAAAUCCCGCUGUAUCUCCCAGUUUUGUCCAGAUUUUUACUACGUGCGGCGUUGUCACCUCAAUUCCUGCACUUGACGACUUUUGCCUUGGUGAAGCUUUAAGCCCUGUCGCAGCUCCAACGAUGUCACCGGGUAAUUCUUAAGAUUAAUACCGUCAUACGUAGUAUUUCGCUUCUCACACGAUUGCGAUGACGGGCUAUUAUCUUCUUAUCUUUAAUUUUUAUGGAGUAAAAUGUAUAUGUAUAAUAAGGAAUGUGCUAUUUGACCUUCUAAGUUCUAAAUAAAGAUUUCUGUAUUUGUUUGUGUAAUAAUUUUCAUUUUGUAUUAUUUAUUUUGCAAUUAUAUAA